CACUUUAAAAAUAUACUGAAAGAGGAGCCCCUCGGUUUCCGAAGACCGCGGCUCCCCGGCGCUCGCGGACGCGCUCUGGCUGGCCGCGGGGAUCCGCUUUAAAGGGACCGUGCUGGGACUCGCGGCCCGGUGGCGGCUCUCGGAGCGGCGGCCAGGGGGCUCGCUCCCGGGCCGGCCCAGGACCCGGGGAGGUGCGGCGACGAGCUGAGUUGGAGGGGGAGGGGGCAAAGCCCAGUCUGCCGGGGACCCCCCACCUCUGCAGACACUCCUCCUCCUGCUGCUGCAGUUGCUGCUCCUCCUGCUCCGCCGGCCUGUCCCCCCUCCCCCCCCCCCCCCCCCCCCCCGGGAGCGGGAGCGCGGAGUGGAAGAAGUUUCUGGGUGGGUUUCAGAUAACUCCCCGUCCACCCCGGCUGAUAAGAGGCAGCGAAAGUGAGAAAAGAGGGAGCGACGAUGCCAGCCGGGCCGGAGCAGCCACAUCCAGCUGCUGUAGGAAAAAUAGGGGAGGGGGGACCCCAAUAAACAAGCCUCAAGCACACCAGACCCGGGCCACCCCCUAGGCGACAGUGAUGCUGAUUUAAAAAAAGAGAGAGAGAAAGAGAGAGGCUGUCGGAGGACCAUCCAUCUGCAGCGCGUGGUCCCACAACAGACAGUCCAGAGACGGACCAAGUGCGCAGAGACCCCUUCGGAAAACGAGACGAGAGACUUAAAAAAAGCCAAACAGAAAACAAACAAACAAGCAUACAAAACAAACAAACAAACAAACAAACAAAAACUCUGCCAAGGUUUCCGGGGACGGAUCGACGAGGACUUUUGGCGCUGGGGGCUGUUGGUGGCUUGUGCUUGGCUUUGCAGUCUUCGGGGAUGGUGGCAUUUUUCUGGCUGAGUUGAGAGGCCCUAAGAGAUCGGAAGAUCUUAGAUGAGUUUUGCAAUGUGAAGUUCUGCAUAGAUGCUAGUCAACCAGACGUAGGAAGCUGGCUCAAGCACAUCAGGUUCGCUGGCUGUUAUGAUCAACAUAACCUCGUUGCGUGCCAGAUAAAUGAUCAGAUCUUUUACAGAGUAGUCACAGACAUUGCACCAGGAGAAGAGCUUCUGCUGUUCAUGAAGAGUGAGGACUACCCCCAUGAGACCAUGGCACCAGAUAUCCACGAAGAGCGACAAUAUCGCUGUGAGGACUGUGACCAAAUCUUUGAGUCCAAGGCUGAGCUGGCUGACCACCAGAAGUUCCCGUGCAGCACACCCCACUCAGCCUUCUCCAUGGUGGAGGAGGACUUCCCGCAGAAGCUUGAAGGCGAGAACGACCUCCGAGAACUACACGCGAUCCAGGAGUGUAAGGAAUGCGACCAAGUUUUUCCCGAUUUGCAAAGCCUGGAGAAACACAUGUUGUCACACACUGAAGAGAGGGAAUACAAGUGUGAUCAGUGUCCCAAGGCAUUUAACUGGAAGUCCAACUUAAUUCGCCACCAGAUGUCACAUGACAGUGGAAAGCACUAUGAAUGUGAAAACUGUGCCAAGCAGGUGUUCACGGACCCUAGCAACCUCCAGCGGCACAUUCGCUCCCAGCACGUCGGGGCCCGUGCCCACGCGUGCCCUGAGUGUGGCAAAACCUUUGCCACUUCGUCGGGCCUCAAACAGCACAAGCACAUCCACAGCAGUGUGAAGCCCUUUAUCUGUGAGGUCUGCCAUAAAUCCUAUACUCAGUUUUCAAACCUUUGUCGUCAUAAGCGCAUGCAUGCUGAUUGCAGAACCCAAAUCAAGUGCAAAGACUGUGGACAAAUGUUCAGCACUACGUCUUCCUUAAAUAAACACAGGAGGUUUUGUGAGGGCAAGAACCAUUUUGCGGCAGGUGGAUUUUUUGGCCAAGGCAUUUCACUUCCUGGAACCCCCGCUAUGGAUAAAACGUCCAUGGUUAAUAUGAGUCAUGCCAACCCGGGCCUGGCUGACUAUUUUGGCACCAAUAGGCAUCCUGCUGGUCUUACCUUUCCAACAGCUCCUGGAUUUUCUUUUAGCUUCCCUGGUCUGUUUCCUUCCGGCUUGUACCACAGGCCUCCUUUGAUACCUGCUAGCUCUCCUGGUAAAGGACUAUCAAGUACUGAACAGACAAACAAAAGUCAAAGUCCCCUCAUGACACAUCCUCAGAUACUGCCAGCCACACAGGAUAUUUUGAAGGCACUCUCUAAACACCCACCUGUAGGGGAGACUAAGCCAGUGGAGCUCCAGCCCGAGAGGGCGUCUGACGAGAGGCCCCUUGAGAAAAUCAGUGACCAGUCAGAGAGUACUGACCUUGAUGAUGUCAGUACCCCAAGUGGCAGUGACCUGGAGACAACCUCGGGCUCUGAUCUGGAAAGUGACCUUGAAAGUGAUAAAGAGACAUGUAAAGAAAAUGGUAAAAUGUUCAAAGACAAAGUCAGCCCUCUGCAGACUCUGGCUUCAAUACAUAAUCAGAAAGAAUUCAGCCAUCAUUCCAUUUUCUCACCAUCUUUAGAGGAGCAGACUGCCGUGUCAGGAGCUGUGAAUGAUUCUAUAAAGGCUAUUGCUUCUAUUGCUGAGAAAUACUUUGGUUCAACAGGACUGGUGGGGCUGCAAGACAAAAAAGUUGGAGCUUUACCUUACCCUUCCAUGUUUCCCCUCCCGUUUUUUCCAGCAUUCUCUCAAUCAAUGUACCCAUUUCCUGAUAGAGACUUGAGGUCGUUACCUUUGAAAGUGGAGCCCCCAUCACCCAGUGAAGUCAAGAAACUGCAGAAGGGAAGCUCUGAGUCUCCCUUUGACCUCACCACUAAGCGAAAAGACGAGAAGCCCUUGACUCCCAUCCCUUCCAAGCCUCCGGCCACACCGACCACUAGCCAAGACCAGCCCCUGGAUCUGAGCAUGGGCAGUAGAAGUCGAGCCAGUGGGACAAAGCUGACUGAGCCAAGGAAAAACCAUGUGUUUGGGGACAAGAAGGGUAGCAGUGUGGAAGCAAGAACGGCCUCCGAUGGUUCUUUGCAGCAUGCGAGGCCCACACCUUUCUUUAUGGAUCCUAUUUACAGAGUAGAGAAAAGAAAACUAACUGACCCACUUGAAGCUUUAAAAGAGAAAUACUUGAGACCUUCUCCGGGCUUCUUAUUUCACCCACAAUUCCAACUGCCUGAUCAGAGAACUUGGAUGUCAGCAAUUGAGAACAUGGCAGAGAAACUGGAGAGCUUCAGUGCCCUGAAGCCUGAGGCCAGUGAACUUCUUCAGUCUGUUCCCUCCAUGUUCAACUUCAGAGCGCCUCCCUCGGCCCUGCCGGAGAACCUCCUGCGGAAAGGGAAAGAACGCUAUACAUGCAGAUACUGUGGCAAGAUUUUUCCAAGAUCUGCGAACCUCACACGGCACUUAAGGACCCACACAGGAGAACAGCCCUACAGAUGCAAAUACUGUGACAGGUCAUUUAGCAUAUCGUCCAACCUACAGAGGCAUGUUCGCAACAUCCACAAUAAGGAGAAGCCUUUCAAGUGCCACUUAUGUGAUAGGUGUUUUGGUCAGCAGACCAACCUGGACAGACACCUCAAGAAACAUGAGAAUGGCAACAUGUCUGGUACAGCAACCUCAUCGCCUCAUUCUGAGCUAGAAAGCGCAGGUGCCAUUCUUGAUGACAAAGAAGAUGCUUACUUCACAGAGAUUCGGAAUUUCAUUGGGAAUAGCAACCACAGCAACCAGUCACCCAGGAACACAGAAGAGAGAAUGAAUGGCAGUCACUUUAAGGAUGAAAAGUCUCUGGCGACCAGUCUAAAUUCAGAUGUGCUGGAUGAUGAAGAAGCGGAAGAUGAGGUGUUGUUAGACGAGGAGGAUGAAGACAAUGAUGUCACCGGCAAACCAGGACAGGAGUCCGUAGCAAGGAACUUGGAGGAAGGGAACGCUGAGGAUGACUAUGAAGAGACCAGUGCCCUGGAGAUGAGUUGCAAGGCGUCCCCGGUGAGGUAUGACGAGGAAGAAUAUAAAACUGGACUUUCUGCUUUAGAUCAUAUCAGGCACUUCACAGAUAGCCUCAAAAUGAGGAAAAUGGAAGAUAAUCAAUAUUCUGAAGCUGAGCUGUCUUCUUUUAGUACUUCCCAUGUGCCGGAGGAGCUUAAACAGCCGUUACACAGAAAGUCCAAAUCACAGGCAUAUGCUAUGAUGUUGUCGCUGUCCGACAAAGAGUCCCUCCACUCCGCGUCCCAUGGCUCUGCCAAUGUGUGGCACAGCAUGGCCAGGGCAGCGGCAGAGUCUGGUGCCAUCCAGUCCAUAAGCCACGUAUGACAUGGCCAAGGCUGACCAGCCGGCGUGGGACCAAGUCCACGCAUAGCAUGGCUCUCCACAGAGGACUGUUGAAAAAAGACUGCUGAGCAGAAUGCCUUAGAAACCUGAAGGGUCACUCAUCCAAAGUCUGGUGACCUUAAACUGAAUGAUGGAGAAAAAAAAAAAAAAGAAAAAAGAAACUAUUUAUUCUCGAAUAUUUUGUUUUGCACAGCAAAGGCAGCUGCUGACUUCUAGAGAAUCAAGGCGACUUAAGAAUGACUCAAAGAAUGGGGAGAACUUGCUGGACAGACAGUGCCUGUCCUUUUUACCUGGGGGGGGGAGACCCUCUGGGUGGUGAAUGAGGGGGUGAGAGAUGUCAGCAUUACUAUGAACCAACACUCCGUAGGAAGCAAACUCUUCUUUUUGUAAAAGAUCACUUGUUACGUUGAUUUGGGAACAGUUGCUUUGGAUUACAGAUUUCUUUCUUUUGUCUUUGUUAACGUUUUAUGUAAUUUAACCUUUUGGAGAUGGAAAUAGUUGGAUGAAAUGCACACUCAGUAAUUCUAGAAACUGAUAACAGGGAGUACUUAUUGCCCUCUUCUCCCCCACCCUGUAAUCUUUGCCUUCUUUAAGUCCAUUUGUUUAAAACUAGGGGGAUGAGGGUAUGUGAAUAUUGUAAACUAUGGAUGUUCAAAGAGGUCCAGUCAGUGAAGUGACUUUUUUUUCAUCAUCAGGACUGCUAAGCCACUACACUAAUGCAACAUUUGCCAAAUCCUUGUAAUAACAUCUUCAUUUUAGACAAUCAUGUCACUGUUUCUUCUUUUUUUGUGUUGCGUGUAUCAUGUAUUUAUUUGUUGGCAGGCUAUUGUUUGUUGAUGGAAAAGAGCACUGUUCCAGGCAGCCACUACCUUCUGUCUCGGGCACAUCCUUCUCUGAAUCGCAAGGACCAAGGUGACCAACCUGUGUGGGUUGUGCCAGACAACCUUUGGCUUUUCUUAACAUUCCUUUUUUGUUGUUGUUGUUUUGUUUUAUUUUGUUUUCCAUCUUAAGGAGAUAAAUAUGAAUAGGUGCAACUUAGUUUUUUUUCCCAUAAUACUGAAAUCGAUUCGACUGUAUAAACGAUUAUAAUUUCUUUCAUGGAAGCAUGAUUCUGAUUAAAAACUGUACCCCAUAUUUUACACUGCUUGUCUGCAAGCUUGUGCGAUGUUAUGUUCAUGUUAAUCCUAUUUGUAAAAUGAAGUGUUCCAGACAUUAUGUUUAAAAAGAGAGAGAGUGUGGAAGAGAGAGAGAGAGAGAGAGAGAGAGAGAGAAGUAAACAACAGACUGUAUUUCAUUUACUUGGCCUUUUAUUGGGGCACCAGAUUUGUUUUUCUUUUUCUUUUCUUUAUUAUUUUUUUCUUGUUUUUGUCUUUUGUAAUCUCAUUUUGAAAUAAUCGGCAAGUUGAGGUACUUUCUUCAAAUGCUUUGUACAAUAUAAACUGUUAUGCCUUUCAGUGCAUUACUAUGGGAGGAACAACUAAAAAUAAAGACUUACCAAAAAAAAAAAAAGUGAUUUUUUUUUCAGUGUGUGGUAUUUUUCCUUCUCAUGCCAUUUUUGUUUCCCCUUUGGAGCCAUUGAUAAUAAAGAUAGGCUGUCUGGAGGCCUUAAUGUCUUGAUGGAUGUGUAGGACACGUUUGUGUUUUAUAGAGAUGCCACUGGCAUAGCCUUUGACCCAUGGGAAGCUGGAGCAUCUCUCCUUCAUUGCUCUGAACUUCCUCGCUGUGAUGUAAAGUCAGGGCCCACUCUGCUGUGCCCUGGUGUCUCUCCAUGCUCCACGUUGGCAAUUCGCAUUGUAGGAAGGAUAGAAAGUGACCUACAGCUAUUCUCUCUUUUUUUCUUUUCUUUUCUUUUCUUUUCUUUUCUUUUCUUUUCUUUUCUUUUCUUUUCUUUCUUCCUUUUUUUUUUUUUUUUUUACCACCCAGGUUAUUUCUGGGGCUUAGUGCCUGCAUGAUGGCUCUACCAACCCUGGAAGCCUUUUUUUUCUUUCUUCAUUUAUGAUAGAGUAUGAGAGAAAUAGGGAAAGAGAAACAGAAAUACACCUGCUACACUGCUUCACCACUCCUGAAGCACCAUGCCUCCCCCCAUGGGGAUCAGAGGCUUGAGCCCUUGUGCUCUCCUCAAUGUGCCACCAUUGCUGCCCCUCUAUUCACAUCAUAUACUCCCUGCCAAGAAGUGAAUUAUUUCUUAAUUUUCUUUCAGUUACAUACACAAAUAGUGAUAACUGAUUCAGAAGGAAAAGAAAAAGGAAAAAAAAAACUACUUUCCUGGGUUUCUUGUAUAUCUUUGGACACGAAAAUAUCACUUUUUCAGUUAAAAUGAGUAUAGAUAUUGGGUGUAAAACAAGUUUUGAGUGUCCUUUCUUGAUAUGUGGUUUGAAAAAAAAAUCUAUACCUUGCUCCGAAUUCUUCUUCAAAAUAAUCAUAGAUUUUUCCCCAUAUCCCAUGAGGCUUUAAAUUUUUUUUUUGUAAUUUUCUAGUUAUUUUAUAAUGGUUUGCAAGAUUAUAUGAUUACAAGGGUAUCAUGCCACACCACACCCAUGACCAAAGUUCUGUGCCCCUCCACCAUAAACUUGGUAAUUCUUAAAAAGGCUUAGGAAGAGUUUGACCACCUAUUUUUAUUCUUUUUCCUUUUUUUUUUGUAAGUUCAUGCGUUUCAAUUCUCUGGAUCCCAAAUCCAGAGAAUUGAAGGGAAGCCAUCCAGUAGUUGUUCGGCUUCUUUACUCACAGCAUUAGCCCUAACCCCCUCUAGGUCUAUACACUUUGUUGCUAAGAAUACAAUAUCUUGAUAAAUCCUCUAGUGUGGUAGAAAUGAUGGCUGUAUCUUUUGCUCUUUGGAUAUAAAAUCUGUUGUUCUAGAAUAUGGUUAUCCCAAUUUUGGUCAAUUGUAAAGGACUUAACAGGGCCUGAAGAAUAAAUAUGACAUGCAGAAA